AUGUAUAAAAAUGAACUAGACUACACUGCAAACUUAAAACUUAUCGAUGAUAUCACUACAAAAGAGUUCAAGCAAUAUGAAGUAGGUCAUAGAAAGACAUAUUCAUAACCAGAUCAAGUCCAAUUAAAGCGCUAACCUGAUCGAUUGGAAAUUUUGAUCAAUUAAAGCAUAACUUUACAAAUGUAUCCAAGCAUCUUCAAAUAUAUAAAGAUUAAAGUUAAGGAAUUAGCAAAACCAUUGAGUUUUGUCUAUGAAUCUAACAAUACUUAAUGUUUGAUUAAAAUAUUUGUAUCAUCAAUAACUGAUAGUCCAAAUAUAUUAAAUAAUAGUUUACAAGUGAUUGUAAAGAAUAAAUCAAGAUUUUAAUUUACAGAACCACCAUCUCAUAUCACAAAAUUCAAAUGCGAUUAUGUAUACUUGUCAAUAUACACUGACAAAUACACAGAUUUGAAGAUCAAAGCAACAAUAGGGGUUCAUUAAUUGAACACCAAUAGAAGCCUUUAGAAAAGAUAAUAAACUCCAAUGCUCUAACUUCCUAGAGAAUUAUUGACAUCUCGAGAACCAGGCAGUUAUACUUAUCGAAGUAAUCUCUCAUUGCAUAAGCCUAAAACAAGCUCAUCAUUUAUCCGAUCUAAUAAGGAAUCAUAAGUGAAAUUCAAAUUAAUAUUGGAUUUUAAGAUCAAAAAUACUAAACAAAAGAAUUCAUUAAUUGAAGAAAUGAUGAAGAAGAAGUCUGCCAUUUACUUUAAUAAGAAAGUUCAAUUACUGGAAUCUUCUUACACUCAUGAAAUAGAUAGAUUGCAAUCAAGAGUGCAAAGAUUAAGAAGUGAAAUCAAGUUCCAUAUCAGCAACAUUGAUAUCUUAUGGUUAGAAUUACUAGUUAUUACAUUGUUAGCCAAGAAGAUCAAACAUUAAUAUUAUAAACGAGUCAUGAGAAUAGUUAUUAGUAAUAAGGUUUAAGUUUGUUGUAGAAAGUUCAUGAGAAUUAUGCUAAAUAAGAUUAGUAGCAGAUAUUAAAAUGGGAAAAAAGAGGCUAUCUAUCUUGACACAAAUAUUCUAUUUUAUUUUGGGGCUAAACUUAUGAGAAACAAUGCUACCAAAAGGGCUUAUUCAAUACUCAAUCAUUUUCUGUAUAGAUAUGGUCAUCUUUCCAAUGGAAUGAAUAAAAUGCAAUCGUUUUAUUUGAAGAUCAAAUAUAUUUAACAGAAGUGGAAAUAAUUCAAGAAGUCUGAAUCAAACUACUUAAAUAGGGUUGCAGAUCAAAUUAUUGAUAAAUGGGGAUUUUUGUAUAGAGAAAUUAUUGGGGAACUAUAAAAUGCUCCUAAGUCUGCUCCUGCUCAAGACAAAAGAGUGCUCUUAGAAACAAUAUCUGAUAAUCUUAGCAAUUACAAAAGAUCUUUUCUUUAAUUGAAUAACAUAUUUGAGAAAUUGGCAAGUGGACCCACUGUUUUUAGACCUAUGAAUAAUAUUAUUAUGAAGGAUAUUAUGCAUCAAUAUGUAAUAAAAAAAGGCAAUAAAUUUUAAUGA